AGAAUUUCAACAUUCCACAGCACUAGCACACUCACAGAAGAAAAUACACAUAGCCAAGAAGCUUUUCUGCGAGGAACCAGCGGCAGGGGAAGAUGCAGACUGCUAAGGUGAAGGUGAAGGACAUGGUGAGCUCGGCCAAGGAGAAGGUGAACGAGGGGACGGCCAAGACGCAGGGCAAGACGGGCAAGGCCACGGCGACGACGCACGGCCAGAAGGAGAUGGCCAAGGAGGAGACGCGCGCCAACAAGGCCCAGGCCAAGGCGCAGAUGCACCAAGAGAAGGCGGAGCACCGCGUCGAGGCAGCGGAGACGCGUGCCGAGAAGGCCCAGGCAAAGGCGCAGAAGCAGCAGGAGAAGGCGGAGCACCGCGGCGAGGUCGCCGCUGCACACCACGGCACGCGCGAGCCCCUCACCGGCCCGCACGACAACCACACACCCGUCACCGCCGAUCCCGCGAACCCAGGCGCCGGCGCAUACCCGACGACGGACAACACCACUCUCUAGAGAGUGAUCAGGGAGGGGACAUCAUAUCAGGAGCUAGCGCUAGUGGUUUCCACUUUGUAGCUUGCGAUCCUGCCCGUUGGUCGGACUAUGUGUGUAUGUUGUGUGCCGGAAUAAAAAUGUAUUGGUUGUAAAUGUAGCUUGCUGUGCAGAACUGCAGAUGCGUUAUGCAUAGGCGUUUCAUUUAAUUUAUGUUGUGAUGUACUUGUAUUUUUGUUCAUGGUACUGCCUUUUCUUUCAUCAUAA